AUGUGUGCCGAAGAAUUUGCACAUCGUUUUCUGAUUGCUGUAUUUGAUACGGUUGAUGACACCGUUUUGGUGGGCAAAUGUAUCUUAAAGGAACUAAUGGCUAACAUCGGUGAAGUCAUUAAAAGUAAUCAUGGCAUAAAAGUGAUCCACCAUUUGAUUCAUCCAAGAGAUCCACGAUUUUUCCCAGCGUCACAGCUUGCUCUGUUCAAGGAAGGCGAUGGAAAUCCGUACAGCAAAAAGGACGCAAAAUUGCGGUAUGCGGAAUUGUUCGCAUACGUUCAGAAACCACUGUGCACAUAUUUUGCCUCACAAAUGGAUGUAAUAAUUUAUGAAAGCCGAGCGUCUUUGCUCGUUUUGGAUAUGUUCGAAGCUCCGACGAAUUUGGAUUUGUUUGAACGAGCUGUAGUUGCGGAAGAUCGUGCUGCAUGCUACGCUGCAAUAGCACGAGCAUGUACUCGAGAAUUUGUGCCUUGUGACGCAGAAAAACUCCAUCCCAUUGAACACCCUCACGCACAUUUUGUUAUUUCGAAGCUGCUAAAAAGUGACUUGAAGUUGGACGUCAAGCUUGGCGACUUUAUUGCAAAGGAGUGUGGCGAACAACUCGCGUCUUGGGCAAGUGCCUUGCUUUGCAUUUUAGGAAAAUAA